GGGGAGAGCACGCUUUUAACGUGCAAGACCUGUUGCUUUAAUGGCUGUUUUUAUUCGUGACUGGGUGGAAAAUAACUGUGAGAAAGAGAGUGUGAAACGGACUCAGUACAUAUGGCUGUCUUUUUAUUGAUUAUUAUUAUUAUUUUUGGCCACUUUUUUCAGUUUCUGAUUUCUGUGUUUAAUAAAUUGACUCUAAGGGAGAGGUUUGUUCGUUGAUAAUAAUAGUUUGAAGGUUGGAAACGGAAGGGGAGAGAGAUUGGCGUGGCGGACUAAUUCAUGAUAACUGUUCACGGUUUCCGUUUUUGACCUUUAAUAUUAAUAAUAGUACUAUUACUACCAGUCACUAUAUAUAACACCACCCACUCUCCCACCUAGCUUCCUCCAUUGCCCUCUCGCUUUGCUUUCUUGCUGCCUUGUUUGUUUUGGAUACUCUUUUCUUCUUCCAUUUUUAUCUUAUGGAAGCCCCAGAAGAAUUCAUGGGGUCUAGCGAUCAUACGCAGAUUGUUAAGGGCAAGCGCACCAAGCGGCAACGGACUUUGUCCCCGUUUGGGGUGUUGGUCACAUCGAGCUCAUCCAGUGGUGGUGGCGGAGGGGGAGGUGGAGGUGGAGGUGGCGGUGGGGAUUAUUCUUCGAUUUCUUCUCCUACGUCCUCUGGUGAGGUUUUGGAGAGCACCGAGGAGGAGGAAGACAUGGCUAAUUGCUUAAUUCUCUUGGCGCAAGGCCUGGGUCCAAGGCAGAUUGAAGAGGGUGGUGCCGUGGAAAAGUUAAGCAGUCCAAGUUUCACGGAGAUGGCCACUACAACUGCCGGAAAGGCUGGUUUCUACGUCUAUGAGUGCAAGACAUGCAAUCGGACUUUCCCUUCUUUUCAAGCGCUGGGUGGGCAUAGAGCGAGUCACAAGAAGCCUAAGGCCGUGGUUGAAGAGAAGAAAGGGCCGGCCGCCACCGCCUCAUGGGACGAUGACUACUAUGAAGAAGGGCAAUUCAAUAAGAUUAGCCCUCCUCUCUCUCUCCAAAUAGGUAACAACAAAGCUUUACACAGUAGCAACAAGUCUAAGGUCCAUGAAUGUUCGAUAUGCGGGUCAGAAUUCUCCUCCGGUCAAGCCUUGGGAGGCCACAUGCGGCGACACAGGAGUAACACAAGCACUCGAAUCACCAUGAGUAUGGACGCAGGCAAGAUGGAUUCCCAUGAUCACCACAAGAAGGAGCCGAGGAACGUCCUACCGUUGGAUCUCAACCUUCCAGCCCCGGAGGACGAACUCCACCACCGGGACUCAAAGUUCCAGUUCACCUCCAACCAACAACACCUUGUCUUCUCGGCACCGGCCUUGGUGGACUGCCAUUACUAAGGGCAAACGAAGAAAACGAUGAUCAGAACCUGAUCAAUGUGAAUUAUUAUGAUUAUUUGAAUCCAUUAUUAUUAUUAUGAUUACUAUUAUAAUUCAUAAUUCAUAAUUAUCAAUUCUUUGAA